ACACUGCUUUACUGAUAGCAGAAUAAAUGGAAUGACAAAAAAUAGGUUAUGUUGUUAAUUUUAUUUGUUUUAAUUUAAUUUAAAAUUGAAUUUUAUUUAAUUUAAGUCUGGUUUAAAAAAAUGGUGUGGAAAUAUUGUAGUGUUAAAAAUUGUUACAACUCUGAAGAAGAUAAAGGACGCACUUUUUUUAUUUUUCCUAGUUAUGCUGAAUCAAAACGAAUCCUUGCGCAGAAAUGGGUGGACUUUUGCGGUGACCCACAGUUAACUGUCAGGAAGCGAAAAAAUUACAGGAAAUAUAUAUGUGACAUUCACUUUGAUGAAAAAUCUUUUGUUACACCAUUACGAACAAGACUACGUAAAGACUCUGUGCCUACGUUAUUUGGUCCUAAUGCUGAAUUGUAUUAUGAGAAAGAAGCCUCUACACCUAAUAUAUCAACAGUUAAAAAAGAAAAUGAUAAUAUGGUCGUCAGUCUUAUAGCUUCAAAUACAUUACAUAUAAAUAGUCUCGAAGCACCACAUAAUGGACUAAGCAAGCCAUCUGUUGAUCAAAGUGGAAGUAUUCUCAAUCAAGAAGAUAUAAAGUUAGAGAGUGUAGUGAAGAUAGAAGAUUCCCCUGAUAACUUUAAUUAUGCUCAUAAUUUUGUCUGUGGGAGCAAUCAUGUUGUCGAAAUUGAUUUGGAGAAAAAUGUUAUUACCCAAAGUGAUUCUAAAAAUUUCACAAAUAUUCCAAGUCCCGUAAUGGGUUUAUCGAAAAGUGAUCUUACGUCUAGUUCAGUUCAUUGUUCACAGCAGUCACAUCCAACAUUUGAUAUCCAAGUGGUUACAGACAAUUCAAAAUUAUUAAAUGAACAUCAGGAUCUAGUUGAAUGUAACAAAUCAAGUCAACCAAUGUUAGGACUGCACGCUAACAGGGAUAAUAACAGAAAUAAACAUCAAGAUGUUUUUCCACAAGUGUAUACAAAAGACCUUCACUUCUGUGGAGAGUGCCAGAAGCUGUUUGACUCAUUCGAUAAGUAUUUGGUCCACAAAUUGAAAGAUGAAGAUUAUAAAAUGUCUUUCUCAGAGUCACAUCGAAUACCUGGCUUAUGGCUACCACGACUGUCAAAAAAGACUGCAGCAGACUCAGAGAGUGAAGAUUCUGACACAGAAGAAUCUCAGAAUGGUUGGGUAGCAUCAGAUCAUGCCAAAUCAGAGCUCAUGUGUAAAUUUUGUGGCCUUUUCUUUGAAACUGUUGUAGCUCUGAAAAUCCACCAAGAUUAUGUUCACAUGGAUAAGCCGUACACGUGUUCAGAAUGCCCAGAGAAGUUCAAAAACAAGGGUCACAUGGUCAGGCACUACUUUCGAACUCAUCAGAAGAUGACAUAAUUAGAAUGAGAUGGAACUACACUACUUGUUUGAGUACUGUAGUCAAUUCAUGAAUUGGUAUUCUCAAAUUUAUCAAUUCUUUAAUUGGUUUUCUUAAACCACUGAGGAUUCUAAUUCAGUUCCAGUAUCAGUCAGUUCUUAAUUGACAAUUUCUCCCCUUAAAUCCUAAAACUCUUCUUUCUAUGAAAUCCUGAAAACUUGAAAAUAUUCAGUUUAUUUAUUAUCAACAAACAACACAUUUGAGAGAUUAUGUUAAGAGAAAAAUGAACUGUUUGGAUACUCAGAUUUUAUAAACCAUAAAACCUGAUUUCUUCCAAUCUUAACAUGUAGGUAUUGUUUUGAAAGUUUAAACAUUGUUCUAUUCAAUAAUAAUAAUAAAUUUGUAGUAAAUCCAAAGAGUGAUUUAAAAAUAAAGGUUUUCAAAUUGAGUGGCAAUCUCAUUCCACUCAUUGUACAGCCCUGUGUAGGGCAAAGCAAUUAAAACAGAAUUUAAUGGCAAAAUGUAAUGGUGCUGUUUGAUAGUGUUGAUAGUUUGAUAGUGGAGUAGUGAUAGAAGGGAGAACAGAUGUAAAAAAACAAGAGAUCAAUCAGCAAAAGAUAGUAAUCUGUCAUUACUAAUACAAGUGUGAAAAACAACCGGUAUCAGAAGUCAGUGAACUUUACUUGAGCAAAGGUUUUGAAGUGAGGGGUUAAUGUUUUUUGAGUUCUAAUUGUAAAAUAAUUCACACUUUUAAACUCAUAGCUAGUGGGAUGAGGGGGGUAUUUGAUUACGAAAUUGAAACUCGAUUUGAGUCAUGAGUACUUUUGAGAAAUGGAUGAAGAGAUAAUUGUAAACAUUAAAUAUUUAAAUUGAGGGGAGGCCAAAUCAGUGGAAUUUUUUAAAAAUUUUGAUUAUGCUACUUUAAUCAAAAUCAACUUAAGUUUAACCCAAGGAAAUUUUCUAUGGUAUCUCUAGGUUUCUAAAAUUACACUCAUUUAUAAAAAAGGAGAUGUAUCAAAUCCAGAAAGCUAUUGUCCAAUUACAAUUUUGCCUAUUUUAACCGUAGAACUGGCAAUCGCCGCAUAUGCGGUUCAUUUGGUCUUCCAGAAUUGGCAUUGCUGUAUAUGCGGUCCAUUUGCACUGUGUUCUUUUCACGACUCAUGAACAUGUAAUUAUUAACCAAUCACGUUUUAUCUCAAACCAAUGUAAAGAAGAAGAAUCAAUCUACAUAUUGAUACCGGUUUUGUUGGUUUUUGCUUUUAUGUUGCAUUCUCUAUGUACAUUGAAAAAUGCUAUUCCGCUCCGCACUAGUCUGUCUGUAGACAGCUGACGACAACAGCUGUAGUGCUUGUUUCACGUUUGUUUCAUCGUUUUCGAUCAGUCGUUGCUACAUACUUUGUACAGGUUAUGUUUGUUUUCGUAUUAUAUUUUGUGUUAUCUAAAACUUUUUGUUCAGUUAAACUCAAACAGUGUGUAAAAACUUUCGUGAUCGAUCCAGUGAUUUGCGGGAACUGGUACAAGAACCUGGUGAUGAAGAGGAGAACUCAGAUUUUGAUUUAAGUCCAGGUAACAUUAGCGAUAGUCUUACUAACUUUUCCUCAGGAAGUGAGGAUAAUUAUGAGCCUAACAGUGAUGAUGUGUGUGAUUGGUGCGAAGAACACAACACUCAUUCUGAGGCAGAUGAUGUGGGCUUAACUCAUAUUGGCUUUUCUGACACUGAUAGGCCUAGUUCCCCUCCUAGGCCUCAGGAUGAACCGGGGCCUAGUUGUACUAGACCUAAUGUACUAACAACCCCCAUGUGGUUGUCUAUUUAUCCCCCUGAACCGGAACAACAGGCAAUAUUUCUUGUGAGGGAAUUAAGGACUGGGCCUCAAAAUUGUCCUCCAAGAAAUAGUAAGCCCAUAGACUAUUUUUUCUUCACUCAAACCAUUUGGAGAAUGAUAGCAAGAUAAACCAAUAUUUAUGCUGAUGCCAAAAUUAGGAAGGCCAGAAAUGAAAGGAGGGUUGAAAGAUGGAGCAGACUGAACUAUUGGGUUGAUGUUACCGUGAGUAAGGUAAAGAAGUACAUUGCUGUUAUAAUAAACAUGGGCCUAGCUUUCCGAAACAACAUUGAACAUUAUUGGGAUGCACCUCCAAAUCAUGUUAUGCCUUUUUUUCCAAAAAACUAUGUCUUUGACAUUUUCAAAGCAUUAAUGCCAUGCUCCAUCUGAACUCAAGCCGAAAUCCAGGGAGAGGACACCCGGGUCAUGAUCCUUGGCAUAAGAUAAGACCAUAUAUUGAUGCACUCAACCAUACUUUCAAGCAAUAGUUUGUAGCAUCUCAACAGAUAUGCAUUGAUGAAAGCCUUAUAGGAGUGAUAAAUAGAGUUGUGCAUUUACAGUACAUGCCCAAUAAAAGGCACUGUAGAUUCGGCCUAAAGAAGUUCGAAGUAUGCGACAGUAAUACAAGUUAUAUACUUUAUUCCGAAUUGUGACUUUUUAUCAUAUGGCAUAGAUCCAUUUGCCCAAAAAGUUGUUCUCCAUCUGUUGUCAAAAUCAAAUCUAUUGGAUAGGGGUUAUCAUUUAUUUACAGAUAAUUGGUAUACAAAAGUGCCGCUAGCACAGAAACUGGGAAAAGAAUAUGUAUCUUACUGGCACUAUUGUAUCUUUGAUAAGCAGAAAGUUACAGCCCAAAGAAAUAGUUUGUUUUAGAAAAGAUAAUGUAUUGUUGGUAGGCUUUAGAGAAAAAAAAUUCCAGCAAACCAGUCUAUUGUCUCUCCACUGCAGUUCACGCCAAAAAUAAGAUAGCGAGAAGCAAACGGGGCACUAAGUCGAAAAACCACUUUUGGCUGCGGAGAACAAUGGCUACAUGGGAGGUGUAGACGUGAAAGACAAGUGCAUCUAUCAUGCCACUUGUUAAAGACCAACCCGAAGAUACUGGAAACAAAUUUUUAGUAACUUCCUUGACAUGGCACUCCAUAACUCAUAUUCUGUAUAAGGCCAAUACAAACAAGCCUCUUUCAAAAAGGGAUUUCUUGUGCAGUAUAGUUGAUGAACUAUGUCUUCAACCUGGUCCAGCUCCAAGGCAGCCUCCAGAACUAGGAGCAGGUGGUGAUGUACUCGAGCCUCCUCAUGGUCUCGUCUUGCUUGCAGAUAGAAACAACCAUCUAUGUGCAGUUUGCACAGAGAAAAAAAUCUAAAAAAAAGGAGACAAGUUACUGGUGUCCAGCCUGUAACUGUGGAAUACACCAGAAUUGCUACCAUUUGUUGGAACAUUUCUACAGACCUUCAAAUUGUGGCAGGAAAAAGAGGCGGGUGUCUUCCAACGUGGAUUCCGAGUAGAGCUGCAAACUACUUUUGUACAUAUUGAAAAUACAUGCAAGUAAAAAAAACUUUUUAUUUUAUUAUUAACCUGUUUAGUUAGAUUCUGAAUGGAUUUAUACAUGAUACAUUGUUUUAGGGUCUUCCAUGCUGAUGCUGGAAAUUAUUAGUUUGUAUUCAUUGAGAAUAGAAUAAAAUACGGGUAUGGAUUUUUAUAUAAACUAUUAUAAGUAUAAUUUUACACAUCUGAAGUGCAACAAACUAUAUAUUUCCGAAAAUCAGCAUACAAUUUGGAGCAAAAUGUAUAUCUUAGAUUUCUAACUUGAUACACAGGAACUUUGCUAGGCAACGGAAUAUUUUGGCUAAAAAAGUAAAAAAAAUUUUUUGGAAGUAAAACAAAAAUUUUUGUGGUUAUCUUCUAAUUUACCUAAUUUUUUUAGGCAUAUUUAGAUUCUUUAAUCUUUUCUGAAAAAGAUCAUGUAUAAUAUGUUACAUUUGGAGUAAGUUAAUUGGUAUAAAUACUUUGUAAUGGGCCAGACCAAAUGUCACUAGUCGAUAUCGAUAGUUUAUUGACACGACACGUUUUAACAAGCGGCAAAUCCAGUCCCAGCAUGUCACCUAGAGGUGGAUCUUGGUGAGAGAACAACCAGCCAUAUUUGACGCACUACAUUAAUUAUAGAUACUUAAACCAACUACCAAAGAAAUACCAAAUUAUUCCCCCGAACCCUAGCAUUGCCAAACACUACAUAUUUUCAGAAAUUGACCCCCUAGCACAGCUCGUCAAAUACCCUCCCCUGACCUAUCCAAACAAUCUACCCACUCAUCAUUAUUACCCUACUCAUACCCACAAAAUAAUUACAACUAACACUAAACACAAUACCAACAACAUAUAAUUAAAAUAUACUCAUCCCUGUUGACAAUCCCACAGAUAGCUGACACGGUCACCGAUCACCGCCCUGCUAUGGUCUUCAUGUGAUGCUGUCCCAGCACGACUCCUCCGCGUUUCCCCUGCCGACCUUAUCAUUCUGCUGCCCUUUGCCUGACUCCCCUUUCUCUCUCUCUCUCUCUCUCUCUCUCUCUCUCUGUCUCAUGCAACAACUAAUCAGCUGCCCCCUGUUCACUGGGGUUACCCCGCCAAUAGAAAUAAGCUGUGGUGAAAAUCACCACAACUUAUAUAAAAAAACCCAUUACAUAUCGGUCUAAAAUACUGUGGCAUUUCAGGAACAACCAUUUCCAGUUCUAGGGUUAAAUAAAAUAAUUGAAUCCUGUAUGGUAUUACGCUAUCACUGUAUUUAAUUUAUUUUUACAAAUAAUUUACGCAAUACACAUUUCAUAAAUCUUCCACAUGAAAAAAGAAGAUACAGUUAAUGCUCAUGAUUUCUUUCCUCUUGACUGAGAUUCUCUCGCCUUGUUCUAUAAAAUAAUGCAGGAGUUCACGAAAGAGAAAUUUAUCAUCCUGCGGUUGGUACCAACUACAGUGUGUGAAAAAGCUAUCUUCUGUUUCUUUCAUCUGAUUUAAUUUCUGACAAUGGGCUAUUAUGUAUUUGUCACACUUAUAAUAUGGUCAUUAACAUAUUCAGUGCUAAAAUCUCUUAUCGUAGAUGUCGAACUCACUCCGGGUGCUGCCGUCUCCCAUCAGAGUCCUUCAGCCAUUGUUGCACUACACUAAAUGACAAUUCAGAAGGAAUAGAUUAUAUCAUUAUUUAGUUGAUUUAAGUAACUUGCAAAUUUUGCAUCAACUAUUAGUUGAAUUAUUUUAUUGUAGCACCGCUUUAUGAAUAUUUUGUAAAUGGUAAUUUGCUGUAUACUUUUCAAUUUGGUUUCAGAGCUAAACAUUCCACUGUAGACGCAAUAGUCAAAUUUAUUCUUAAUGGUUUUGAGGAUAAACUUGCUGUCGGUCUUAUUGAUUUGAGUAAAGCCUUUGAUACCAUCUCUCAUGCUUUGUUGUUUAAAAAGUUAGAAUAUUAUGGAGUUUUGAACAAAGAAUUAUAAUUAUUGGUAAGUUAUUUAAAAGAAAGCAAAUAGUUUUGUGUGAAAUAUAAAAAUGUCUUCAUUUUUUUAAUAUUACAGCAGGAGUACCACAGGGUUCAGUACUGGAACCCUUUCUCUUUUUUAUUUUUGUGAAUGAUUUUGCUCACAAGGUUUCAUCUUUCCCUGUCCUUUACGUUGAUAAUACAACCAUCAUUAACUCAGGUUUAAACGUCUUGGAUGUUAAAGGUAAACUUAAAAAUUCAGUUGAGCAAGCAAAACACUGGUUUGCAGAAAAUGACAAUAAUAAAUUAAAAUAAGACAGAAUAACUAAUAUUGUCUUUGAAGAACCAUUUAGACAUUGAGGUGUUGAAACCUGUCAAAUUACUUGGUUUAUCCCCAUUUGGAUUACAAACUAUGUUGGAAUGAAGAUGUAAAUUAUCUCUGUAAAAAGCUCUCUAAAGUAUAUUAUCUUUUAAGAAAACUGAAGGAUUGUGUGUGGCAGGAAGAGCUUAUUAUGGUAUUUUGGCACUUUUCAUUGUUAUUUAAACUAUGGAAUACGACUUGGAGUGGGCUAUCUAAAUCUGACUCAUGUAAAACAAUUUUUCAACAACUUAAUAUUAUGACUCGCUUUUAUAUUUAUAACUUUAAUUUAAACUAUGUAAAGUAAAAUAAUGAUAACUUCAAUGAUCAUAUAGAAUUCUAUACAUAACUACAACACAAGGCAAAAACAAAACCUUAUUAAACCUAUAAUUAUAUUGAAUAAAUAUUUCAUUAGUUUUAAAUAUCAACAGGUUUUGAUGUACAAUAAACUGUCAAUUUCUGUUUAAUCAAUUCCAUGUAAAUAAUACAGUUCUACUGUAGGUAAGUGUCUUUAAGAGUAAGGCAUUUUAUACUGUUGAGGAGUAUAUGGACUGUGUAGGGUGGAUCUUGUAAUCUAACUUUGGUUUAUGUAUGACAAUGCCUAUUGUAACUUGCUUACUUAAUUGGAAAUACAAUUUUUGAUUCUUAAAAAUGUUUUGAUACUAUAAAUUAAAUUCAGUAAAGUUUUGAAAGCAAUAUUUUCUAUAAAACUGAAUUAAUACAACUCAUUUGUAAAAAUGUUGAUGACUAUUGAGGUAAAAUUUGCCUCUGAUGUUGUAAUUUGUGCCGAGUUUACCAGUAAUAAAUAUUUAAUUUUGUUGUAAGGUAUAUACAGUUUAAAAAAUUACGCUAUCACUGUAUUUAAUUUAUUUUUACAAAUAAUUUACGCAAUACACAUUUCAUAAAUCUUCCACAUUAAAAAAGAAGAUACAGUUAAUGCUCAUGAUUUCUUUCCUCUUGACUGAGAUUCUCUCGCCUUGUUCUAUAAAAUAAUGCAAAAAAUCAAAAUUAAACAUCUUUAUUAGUUUGGACAUUAAUCAAUGUUUGAUUAGAAAAAAAAACAUGAGUGGUUUGAGAAACAGCACUGUGUUAACAGGAAUUCACUAUAAAUAAUCAAACAUUACUAGGUAGAAUGACAAGUACUGAAAAUUUGGCCCAUAUUCGUGCAGGGGUUCACGAAAGAGAAAUUUAUCAUCCUGCAGUUGCUACCAACUGCAGUGUGUGAAAAAGCUAUCUUCUGUUUCUUUCAUCUGAUUUAAUUUCUGACAAAGGGCUGUUAUGUAUUUGUCACACUUUUAAUAUCAUCAUUAACAUAUUCAGUGCUAACAUCUCUUAUCGUAGACGAGUCGAACUCACUCCGGAUGCUGCCGUCUCCCAUCAGAGUCCUUCAGCCAUUGUCGCACUGCACGCUAACAAUUUUUAGCAUGUCUAAUUAGCUUUAAUAAUUUUUUAGCAGUGAAUGUGAUAAAGCAGUAUAACAUGUUUUAUCUAAGAAUCAUAAGUAAAACACCAUUUUCUUCACCUGCCACAGUUUCCUUCAAGGAGUUAUUCUCAUCAGCACUGCCCAUCACAUCUUUGGACAUGAAUACUUUAAUUUCUUAUUGUUCAGAGUAUCACGUUUGGCAUCAUGCACAAAAAGCAUGGAAUAUAGAGAAUGUUCAAAUGAAGCAUAUUUAAUUGCUGUGAAAACUCCCAAAAUGUGAUAUUCUAAAUUAUUAAUGAAUUAAAUGACAAUUCAGAAGGAAUAGAUUAUAUCAUUAUUUAGUUGAUUUAAGUAACUUGCAAAUUUUGCAUCAAGUAUUAGUUGAAUUAUUUUAUUGUAGUGAAUAAAACAUUAAUAUACAUAAAAUAUCUGCUUACAAUAAACCUGAUUUUAUUUCUUUGGUUAAAGCUCGUUUUUGAAGGAGAGUAAGUAAACUAAAGUUUAAAAAAAAUCAAGAAAUUUGCCAUUAAGUUGGUCAAAAUAAAAUGUCAUGGCAGGGAAAUUGUUUGCCAGAUCCAUUUUUAUCUGUUGAUUGUUUGUUUGGAUUAGUUGCUAUCUGAAAUAACAUUGCGGUAAGAUAAUUUCUUUUCUGAGAAUUUUAGUAACUUUGUGGAGAGUAUACUCAAUGAAAGUAAAACUUAAGUAAUAGUAACUUUGAUGAUCAUAUUAUGAGUGAAAAUAGUAGUGAAAGAAAAAAGAAUGUCUUAGUGAUGAAGAAAUUUAAGAAAAUGAUGUGACAAGGCCUAACCUACCUAUUGGUACAAAUGAGGUAGUGAACAAAUGAAACAAUGACCUCUAUUUAUUAUUGCUUUAUUUAUGAUAGUCAUAAACUAGUCAAAUUGAAACAUUGAAAAUAUAUAAAAAUGAGUAUAUAACACCUGAACCAAAUGAAUAUACAGAGUAGGCCUGAUGGACUAUUAUUGUCAUGAUGAUGAAUCUACAUCACCUUGAAAUUGUCCUUCUCCUUCCUGAUAUGAGCCAUAGUCUUGAUAGGAUCUGUUGACCCUGAUCUUGUCUGGAUAGUUGCCGUAUCAACUCUCAUGAAAGGAUUUGUCUCCUUCUCUUCCCCUAGAAAAUACAGCCAUUACUCAAAACACACCAUAAUGGAAAUGUAAAGUUGAAAAAUCCUGGUACUUGUGUAUGGUAUGUACUAAAGGGUUGCUUGCUGCCUCAAUCAUCUUGAAAGGGUUGUCUUCUUCACUUCCAUGGAAUGUAAAUGAGUGAAUUAUGUAAUAAAAAUGAAAUAUUGAAAAAUUUUUGAACUUGUGUUUGGUCUAUACUGGACUGUUGCUGUGUCAAUCUUCAUUAAAUAUUUUAUCUACAUUUUCUGUAAAAAUUAUGGCUUAUAACCAUUUGUUAUUAAAUUUUUCUUUUUUGCUUUAUUUA